AGAGAGAGAGAGAGAGAGAGAGAGAGAGAAGAUAGGUGAGGGGAGAGGAAGGAGAAUGGCCAGCGAGGAGGAGGUGCGGGUGGUAGAGUCUUGCUUUGUAACACCGGCCGCGGACACGCCGAGCAGAGCGCUCCGUCUGUCGCGGCUGGACCUCAUGCUAGUCCACGGAGGCUACACCCCAGUCGUCCACUUCUACCGUCCACGUACCGGCGAUGAAACUACCUCCGGUGACUUCUUCGACGUGACCAGGUUGAAGACGGCGUUGAGCAAGGCUCUUGUGCCCUUCUAUCCGUUGGCCGGCCGCUUCAAGGAGGGCGUGGACGGCAGGAUGGAGAUCGACUGCAAUGGAAAAGGCAUGCUCUUCCUGGUGGCUCACUCUGGGCAUGUACAAUGGUGCUAUCUUAAGAGUGCCACCAACUUCGAGCCAUCGCCAAAGCAAAGGAGGCUGUUUGUUCCCCACAUCGACGGCUCAGCCGGCCUCUUGUGCGCUAUUCAGGUGACAUUUUUGAAGUGUGGCAGCGUGGUCUUAGGGAUGGCAACCCACCACGGCGCCUUGGAUGGCACUGCCAUGUUCCACUUCCUCCAGACAUGGACUGCUUUCUCUAGGGAUGGCGACCGAGCUUUGGUGGACCUCCCCUGCCAUGAUCGCUCCCGCUUGUAUGCGCGCGAUCCACCUGUUGUUCAUCCCGAUGCCCUCUUCGUUUUUUGCCCCAAGAUGAUCCUAUCACAAACCUCUAUUGUCAACAAGCUUGAGGUUUUCACCGUCCGUAAGGACCAUCUUUCUACUCUUAAGCUCACGUGCGGUGGUGUGAGCACCUUCAGUGCACUGACCGCCCACACGUGGCAAUGCAUGUGUCUAGCUCGGAGGCUACCACCAGACUCCACAACACGCCUCGCAUUCAUGGCCAAUGUCCGACGCAGAAUGACGCCACCGCUCCCAGACGGUUACUUCGGCAACGCGAUAAUAAACAUAAAUGUCGCUGAAGAAGCACAAAGCAUCACCUGUGGCGACCUAGCCUUCGUGGCACGCCGUAUCAAAGACACCAUCAGCCGGGUGGACGAUGAGCUAGUGCAUUCGGCGGUCGACUACGUCGAGCUAGCAUUAGCAGAGAGGGACAACCGCCAUACCCCGGCGAUGGGCAACUUGCCGGUGACAGACAUUAGAGUGGUCAACUGGCUUGGCUUGCCGUUCUAUGAUUUGGAUUUCAGCUGGGGAAAGCCAUUUGCUGUGAUGCGUGCAGAAUCAAGCCGCGGAGGUCUUGUGCACCUGAUGAACAGCACACAGGGGGAUGGCAGCGUGCAGCUACUCAUCUAUACAGAGGCUGCAAUUCUCAUGGAGUUCAAGCGUUUGUUUUAUGCCAAGUUCGACGAUAUGCUGCAUUCCGAGUUCUAGUUGACCGGCUAGUGUACCAUGAACUUCUAUUCUAUUUGUUUGAACAUUUCCCAAUCGGACGCGCCAGAGUUGUUUUUGUCCAAGUGUAUGUCAAGUUUCAUUUGGUCCAGAUCUAAUAAUGUGUAUGUUUUUGAGUGUA